AUGGAGUUUUUGGACCAGGAACUUUAUUACAAGGAGUCAGAGCAAAAUUACAUUGAGACAAGCUUUACACCCCAAGCACAUAACAGUCAGAUCUGCAGCACAUGGGGAAACUUCCACUUCAAGACAUUCGAUGGAGAUUUCUUCCAGCUUCCGUUCAGCUGUAACUACGUGCUGACCCGACCCUGUGACCCCGCAAACGGAGACUUUCUCAUCCAGAUGAGGAGGAUGCUUGUGAAUGGUGUUGCUACCAUCAGCAACAUCGCCAUGAGGCUGGAUGGAACCGUGAUCAGGCUCUCCAAUGCGUCCAUCACGGUGGAUGGUACAGUAGUGCCUCUGCCUUUCUACAAAGAUGCACUUCGCAUUGAGAAAACCUAUUCCUACAUCAAGAUAUCAGACAAACAGGGAUCAGGGCCAGUGGUCUUUUGGAAUCAGGAUGACGCUCUCUUGAUUGAACUUCCCACAAAGUACAGAAACCAGACGUGUGGUUUGUGUGGAGAUUUUAACGGCCUCCCGGUUUACAACGAAUUCAUUCAAAAUGGUGAGCGACUCAGUCCUGCUGAUUACAGCUAUUUAUGGAAGGAGGACAGCCCAACUGAGACCUGUACGGAAAUUGAGCUGAAUUCUCGUGAACAGUGUCAAAAUCAGACUCGGGAGUGUGAGGCGCUGUUUGCGAGGUCAGCGUUCAGUAACUGUCAGGAUCUGCUGCCCAUGGAGCCGUUUGUGGAGGCGUGUCUGAGAGACAAGUGUCAGUGCAAGGGGAGCCAGGAGGCAUGUCUGUGUAACACGGUGACUGAGUUCUCCCGCCAGUGUGUGCAUGCAUAUGGCACCCCACAGACAUGGAGGUCGGAGUCUUUCUGCAAGAAGGCAUGCCCGCUCAACAUGGAGUAUAAAGAGUGCGGGAGCCCAUGUGUGGAUACGUGCACUAACCCAGACGAGAGGGAACUGUGUGAUGAGCACUGCACUGACGGCUGUUUCUGUCCCAAUGGCACUGUGUUUGAUGACAUCACACAGACGGGCUGUGUUCCAGUGAAACAGUGUCCAUGUGUCCACAAGGGAAAACCGUAUCAGUCAGGAGAGUCCUACGCAACGACCUGUCAGAGAUGUACCUGCUCCUCGGGACAAUGGACAUGUGAAGACUUGAAAUGUCCUGGCAUCUGCUCUGUUGUGGGCGGAGCCCAUAUCUCCACCUUCGAUGGCAAAGAAUACACCUUCCAUGGAGACUGCACCUACGUUCUUGCUAAGACCAACAGGAGUGCUCUAAAAAUUGAUGGCAGUAUUGUAAAAUGUGGUAAAGUUGCCACACAAACAUGUCUGACCGCUGUGAAGAUUGCCCUAUCAACAAACAUGUUUGUCAUUAAAUCCUCUGGGGAAGUGGAGCUGAAUGGAUUUUCUACAAAGAUUCCAGUUUUACGAGAUUACAUCACCAUCUUCAGACCCUCCACCUUCUUCAUCAUUGUCAACACCCAGAGUCUCCGUCUGGAAAUCCAGCUGGUCCCCAUUAUGCAGGUGUACAUAGUGGCCAACUAUGAGAGCAAAGGCCAACUGAGUGGUCUGUGCGGCAACUUUAACGACGUCCAAUCAGAUGACUUCAAGACGGAGUUGGGUUUGACGGAGGGAACAGCUGUGACAUUCGCCAACACGUGGAAAACCAUGGCUUCCUGCCCGGAUGUGGCACAGAGCCAAGCAGAUUCCUGCAGCAUGAAUGUGGAUAAAGAGAAAUAUGCAAAGGACUGGUGUUCACUGCUAACACAAAAAAAUGGAGUUUUCACACCGUGUCACACAGAAAUUAACCCCGACGGCUACAAAGAAAGAUGUGUGUAUGACACCUGUAACUGUGAGAACAGUGAGGAGUGCCUGUGCGCAGCUCUGUCCAGUUACGUCCAGGCCUGUGCCUCUACAGGUGUGCUGCUUCAGAACUGGAGAAACUCCACCUGUGGCAAAUUCUCAGAGGAGUGUCCAAACAGCAUGGAGUAUUCAUACAACAUGACCAGCUGUGGCCGAACCUGCAAAUCCAUAGGUGAGAGAGACCACACCUGUGAAGUCCAGCACCUGCCCUUGGACGGCUGUGGCUGUGCCCAGGGAACCUACCUGAACGAUGUUAACGAGUGUGUGCCUGCCUCAGCCUGCCCCUGUUACUAUAACAACGAAAUUGUGAAGCCAGAGCAUGUUGUCAGCAUGGAUGGUGCCACCUGUACAUGUAGGCACGGAAGCUUACACUGCACUGGACUUAAGAGGAUGCAAACCUGCAAGAAGCCUAUGGUUUACUUCAACUGCUCAGACUCAGCACCUGGAGCCAAAGGAGCAGAAUGCCAGAAAAGCUGUGGCACCACAGAUACAAUGACCUGCGUGAGCUCUGGAUGUGUGUCUGGGUGUGUGUGUCCAGACGGCCUGCUGUCCGACGGGAAAGGAGGGUGUGUGAAAGAGGACGACUGCCCCUGUAUCCAUAACGGAGAAUCCUACCAGUCUGGACAAGACAUUGGAGUAGACUGCAACAAAUGUACUUGCAGAAAAGGGAAAUGGGAAUGCACCAAUUCUGAGUGUCCAGGAACAUGUACCAUUUAUGGUGAUGGCCAUUAUAUCACUUUUGAUGGACAGAGAUACUUUUUCAAUGGAGAAUGUGAAUACACCCUCUCACAGGAUUUCUGUACUGGAAGCUUGGGAGGCUCUUUCCGCAUCAUCACGGAGAAUAUUCCCUGCGGAACAACUGGUACAACCUGUUCCAAGGCUAUUAAGCUGUUCCUGGGGAUAAAUGAGUUUAUUCUGUCAGAGGAAGCCAUCAAGGUUUUCCAGCGCCAAAAUGGAACAGAGAUUCCCUACAAGGUCCACGUUCUUGGUAUAUAUCUGGUGAUUGAGUCAGAAAACGGGUUGAUUGUCAUUUGGGACAAGAAGACAAGUCUGAGGAUCAAACUUGCAUCCACAUUCAAGCAAAAGGUCUGUGGACUGUGUGGCAACUAUGAUGGAAGUGCACAAAAUGACUUUGUGACCCGACGUGGAGAGGCCGUGGUUAAUGUCCUGGAUUUUGGGAACAGCUGGAGCGCCUCCUCCAGUUGCCCCAAAGCCGUCGGCCUUGGCGACCCCUGCAGCUCUAGACCUCACAGGCAUUCCUGGGCCACCAGACAGUGCAGCAUCCUCAAGAGCUCAGUGUUCAGCACCUGCCACAAACUGGUGGACCAUGGUCCAUAUUACGAUGCCUGUGUUAGAGACACAUGUGCGUGUGACACGGGUGGAGACUGUGAAUGUUUCUGCUCUGCUGUAGCUGCCUACGCUGCAGCCUGCAGUGAUAAGGGAGUCUGUAUUUCUUGGAGAACCCCUAAGAUCUGCCCUCUUUUCUGUGACUACUAUAAUCCACCUGGUGAGUGUGAAUGGCAUUACAAAGCCUGUGGCCCUAAAUGCUUGAAAACCUGUGCAAACCCCACUGGAGAAUGCAACAGUCUUAUCCCCCAUGUGGAAGGAUGCUUUCCAGUGUGUCCCCCUGAAAAGCCUCUUCUCGAUGAGAGGACCUUCAAAUGUGUUUCAGGUCAACUGCCUCACAACAACAACAACUACCACCACUACUAUUACUACUACCACUGCUUCCCCCACAACAACAAGCACCACUACAACAACAACUACAGAGACCCCGACAACUACGGAAACCCCAACCACCACUACAACAGUAGAAACUCCAAUCACAACCACAGAAACUCCCACCACUACCACUACGACCACAACAACAGAAAGCCCAACAACUACGCAGACCACCACGUCAACCACAGGAAGUCCCACAACAUCUGGAAAGACCCCGACUACAACACCUACCACCACCACCACCACCACUUCAACUACAGAAACCACAACAACAACAACAACGGGAAGCACAACGACUAUUUCUCCAACUCCAUGCUCUCCCAAGUGCACAUGCCCAACAACAACAGAGACCCCGACUACAACACCUACCACCACCACCACCACCACUUCAACUACAGAAACCACAACAACAACAACAACGGGAAGCACAACGACUAUUUCUCCAACUCCAUGCUCUCCCAAGUGCACAUGCCCAACAACAACAGAGACCCCGACUACAACACCUACCACCACCACCACCACCACUUCAACUACAGAAACCACAACAACAACAACAACGGGAAGCACAACGACUAUUUCUCCAACUCCAUGCUCUCCCAAGUGCACAUGCCCAACAACAACAGAGACCCCGACUACAACACCUACCACCACCACCACCACCACUUCAACUACAGAAACCACAACAACAACAACAACGGGAAGCACAACGACUAUUUCUCCAACUCCAUGCUCUCCCAAGUGCACAUGUGCACAUGGUCCGACUGGAUUAGCAACAGCUAUCCUAAUCAAACUAAUGGAGGAGAUUUUGAAUCUAUUUCAGAUCUGGCACAGUCUGGGGAAAUUCCUUGCAGGAAACCUACAAACAUUCAAUGUAGGAUGAAGGCUACAGAAAUACCAUACGAACAGGCGGGUCAAACAGUUCAAUGCGAUGUGUCUGUCGGUCUGGUAUGUAGGAAUCAAGAUCAAACUCCUGUACCACAGUGUUCCAAUUAUGAAAUACGGGUUCAGUGCUGUGAGAAUACAUGCACCACUACUUCCCCCACCACAACUCCAAGCACAGAAACAACCACCACUACAACAACAAGCGCAACAUCAACUACCACCACUACAACCACAGAAACUCCAAUCACAACCACAGAAACUCCCACCACUACCACUACGACCACAACAACAGAAAGCCCAACAACUACGCAGACCACCACGUCAACCACAGGAAGUCCCACAACAUCUGGAAGUUCGACCACUGAAACCCCUACCACAACAACUGCAAGCCCAACAACAACAGAGACCCCGACUACAACACCUACCACCACCACCACCACCACUUCAACUACAGAAACCACAACAACAACAACAACGGGAAGAAUCAAGAUCAAACUCCUGUACCACAGUGUUCCAAUUAUGAAAUACGGGUUCAGUGCUCCCAACAACAACAGAGACCCCGACUACAACACCUACCACCACCACCACCACCACUUCAACUACAGAAACCACAACAACAACAACAACGGGAAGCACAACGACUAUUUCUCCAACUCCAUGCUCUCCCAAGUGCACAUGGUCCGACUGGAUUAG